GCCAUCCGGGUCCUGGCGCGGCCAUGGCGACGGUGGCGGAGCUCAAAGCAGUUUUAAAGGACACACUGGAAAAAAGAGGAGCUCUUGCCCAAAUCAAAGCGAGGAUCAGAGCGGAGGUGUUCAAUGCCCUGGAUGACCGGAGCGAGCCGCGGCCGACGCUGUCCCGGGAGAACCUCCUGAUCAACGAGCUCAUUCGGGAGUACCUGGAGUACAACAAGUACAAAUACACAGCAUCUGUUCUGACGGCAGAAUCCGGCCAGCCUGAAGUGCCCUUGGAUAGAGAGUUUCUUGCCAAAGAGCUGAAUAUAGUUGAAGAUGCAAGUGGAAAAUCAGUGUAAGAAGACAUUUUGGAAUGCACAGUAUUGUGUAUAUUCUGUAUGCCAGUAUAUUUUUCUCUUUAGUGUAAUUCUAAAUCACAUAUAGCUAUUCUCACCAGCUAAAAUGUGGCUGAUCCCACAUGUGUUCUGAUAUGCUGGAUUCAGCAUCAGGAUGCCAAACAUGGGCCAUUUUCAGACAUACUCCAAACACUGCAUUCUGCCAGCACGGUGGCAUUCUCCAGACAGUGCCCUUGUGCACCAAAGCACUGCCCUCUUACCAGUACAGUCUGCUUUCUAUAGAAAAUAGAUCUGCUCUUCACAUAUCUGUGAGUUGCUGUGUGGAGCAAUAGAAAGAUUAGUGUGAGAUUAGAUGUAGAUUCAGAGUGCUCCAAUAAAGCUGCAUUAAUUACAUGAGGCUGAAGCAGGUUCAGACACGUUCAGCAUUCUCUGUAGCUUGUGCUGUCUGAACCUGUCAGGAGCUUAGGAAGAGCCAAGUUUGAGAUGUGCCCUGGUGGACUGGCCUACAGCCCACCAAAAUCUGAUCUGUUGUGAGUGUGUGGAUCCUUCUGAUCACUGGAUGAGAACGUGGACCUGUGCUAAACACACCCCAGCUCUACACCUGCCCAGGGAGCUGAAGUUCAGUGGAGAGUGUCUGUUAGUCAGCUUUUUAGGGCAGUGUUGGUGUUCAGCGGGAGCUUAGGUCUGUGCUUAUUUAUGUAAUGGUACUUGGAUGUGUUUUAAGUCAUUAAAGACAUAUAUACAUAUUGUAGAAGUAAAUAUUAAGAUCUAAGAAGUCCUGAGGGAAAGGUGUAUUUUUAAUGCUCAGUAUUUUACAGACUUUACAGACUG